AUUACCUGGUCAAUCACGUGCCAGGAGAUCAUCGUUAUGACCACUUAAAACAGAAGUCCACGGCCAGAAUCUGGUGCAUACCCGGAUAAACCGUCGACGCUAACGUACCGUGGGAAGCGCGUACAGUUAACAUCGCAACAUGGAUGACCUAACCAAGGACCAAAUAGCCCUUCUAAAGAAAGCUUUCGAUGCUUUCGAUCACGAGAAAAAGGGCUGCAUCGGUACUGAUAUGGUGGGCACGAUAUUGACCAUGUUGGGUUACGAACUCAGUGAAAAUACGUUGCACGAAAUCAUCAAGGAAGUAGAUGAAGAUGGCUCUGGAGAACUCGAGUUCGAAGAGUUUUGCACCUUGGCCGCUAGAUUCUUAGUGGAAGAGGACACGGAAGCAAUGCAGCAGGAAUUACGCGAGGCAUUCCGAUUGUAUGACAAAGAGGGCAACGGCUAUAUAACCACCGACGUGUUUCGCGACAUUCUUCACGAACUCGAUGACAAACUUUCGCCGGAGGAGCUUGACCUAAUGAUCGAGGAAAUCGACGCCGAUGGUUCAGGGACCCUCGACUUUGACGAGUUUAUGGAAGUCAUGACGGGCGGCGACGACUAAGACGAGCUAGGCUGGUAAUGAAGAUGGGCACUCCAAGGCCGGGAUUUGCCUUGCAAUUGGCAAGACCCGCGCGAGUGUGCGUUUCUUCCUCAUCACCCCAACGCACGCUUCUGCAAACUACUAAACUACGGCCGAGCGGAAAAUUGGACGUUUACGAUCAUCCGUGGUAUCGUUGGUGGAUGGCCAGAGGCUUUCAUCAUCUAAGACGAAGACCGCCGAAGGCUUCCAGACUCUUUCGAUCAGCGCGAGAAGCAGUGAAAAUGGAAUCGCCUUCGGAACACCUUGAUAAAUCGGAACAGCGCCCGGCGCGAAUAAAGUGGCGGCGAUGCAAAUUUCAUCGUCGUGGCGAAACGAGCACGCGGGCAAAGCUCCGGCGCAAUUAUCCCUAAUCGCUGAUUACGUUCGCGUGGAAAGUUAUAAUUUUCUCAUCGCACAGGUAUCACCGGGAUUUCGUUUCGUAAGUUUACGCGUGAAAGUAUCGAGGGGCUCGGUAAUUACAUAAAUCGUACGCGAUGAAUUAUUAAGUAUCUCGUGUGUGCAGAUACCGCGUGCUCUUUUACGCACGUGAACGCCGCGCGCCUGGGCGAUAUCGCCCCGUGCGCAAAGUAGCGCACUACGUCCAAGUGCGCAAGGCGCUUUCUUCGUGCGGUCGAUCGCGUCGCUAUGACAGAUCCUGUGUUUUCCUACUAAAAAAGAGAGAUUAAAAUCGACAAACUGCGGUGUAUUGCCAGCGCGAGACUACCGUUCGGUGAUUCCAACACUCCCUGGAUUGCUUCUACUACGUUAACAAAUUUCCACUUGAAAAUUAAUCAUUAUAAGCAAUUCUUUGUGCCUUGACUUUACAUGUUAUUUGAAAUAUAUACAAGUGUCAUUUUUAUAAAAGAAAAGAAGACAUUUUUAUCCAUGAUCCUCUGAAGUGUAACGAGACGCGUGCAACGGGAAAGGGAAAGGGAAUAAUAUAGUGAUAAGUGGAAAUAGAUUCACGCGGCUGAAGCAAAUUAGAAAAACCACAGGUAUUCAGAACGUUUACCAGCUGUCCGACCAGUGGCAUUUCCGUCCUGAGAUUGAACCACGUAAUACUAACUACAGUAAUAAACGUCGCGGCGCGUGCAACCACGCUGUGCGAAUUCUUGCCAAAUCGGGUAUCUGAAAUGUCUCAGUCGCGAAAUUAUACCGCGAUUCUCACGUCGCGCACUAAUCUGUUUCGCACGAAAACAGUCGGCCCGAUAAUCCCGCUUAUUAUACACAGAAAUUUCUUUCUAGCGCAGAGAACAAUUAUUUCGGAGUCGGAGUCAAUGAAACCUGAAGUGUCGCAACUUCGUGUCCCGAUGACCCCCAAUGCGCUUCGAGAAGAGACGGAAAAGAGAUUAUACGAACACGGAGAUUAUUUAGUUCCAACGCGUAAUCAACUUGACGCCAUGAAAAUGUAGUUUACGGAAGAAAUAGGAGGAACGCCUUAACUGCAUAUGCUUACAUAUCGAGAAAGUACGCGAUCUCAUUACUAACUGCAUUAAGUUAAAAUAUUAAUAAGUUGAUCAAUCUGUGUUCACUAUCGAUCUAAAUAUUUUUUAAUGUUCCCAUAUCCCAUUUAAUAUGUACGUGAAAGAUCUGUGGUUUUAAUAAUACAAAAAUUUUGAAAACAAUUUAAUAUAACGUUUAUCAUUAGUAGUUCAAUAUGCUAAGAUCUUUUUAAUACCAAAAAGAUCUGUGUAGAUUUCAAUAUAAAAACGCAAAUUGCGACAUUUAUUACAUCAUAUGUGCAAGUUGCAUUCUAUCUUCAAAAUUUCAAAAUAAAACAACCUAGAAAAAAGAUAUUUCUCCUACAAACUGCAUUUUCACGCACGCUUCUAGGCUCAUCACCACAGAGACAAAGUUAAAUUGAACAACGUAAUAGCCUCGCGUACUGAUUAAAAUCUGUACGUGAAAUAUCGUGCAGCUGUAGCAAGCGUUGACUUUUGUUGACAAAAUAACAAAAAUCGAAAAUCUGCGAGUUUAUGUUCCGAGGUGAACCGUGAUUUCUACUUCCGCACCGAUUAUCUGAGAUAUUUUGGUAAACUACAUAUCACUACGUAAUACACACGUUCGUGAUAAUUUCGUAAUAAUUUAUACGAAAGAAAAGUUCUCCUUUCACUACUUCGGCUCGAUCAACCGAUGUCUACAAAAUUUCCUUCGCAUUUAAGAUCAUGUAUUACUUGGGCGAUUAAAUAACAAUAAUGACUCGAGAUCUCGUUAUUGAAAGUCAGAAGCCGAUAGACAGAAAAUGGCAUAUUAUUUGCUUCGGUAGUGUGCAGUAGCGCGCCGCUAUUACGAAAUAUGCCUGUUCCUUUUUUAUUUUUAUUGACAAUAAACACGCUGAACUUUUAGUGAGUGAAUUACGUCACUCCAAAACGGUCAGCGUAUAAUAACCGUGCGUAUAACAAUCCUGCGGUGGCGAAUAUCGCGCUCAACGCG